GGUGCCUGGAUUUGCGGCGACGCCGUAAAAUUAGCAGUGAACUACACUGCAGGGCUGUUGUAAGAAGCACUUAGAAACAUUUGAUCGCGGCUUGCGAAAUGUGGAACCCGGAAGUCCCACAUCCCCAAACCGGGAUUGUCUUUAUUUCUGUGCUCUAGAGAUCCGGCAUUGCUCGGCGCAGGCGUGUGGCGGGAGGUGAGAAAGACUGGCCCGGCUUGGAGGCGUCGCCGGCUCUCGCGCAGCAAAGUAGAGCCUCUCUGUCAAGGGGCAGUCUACCUCCAGCGACCCAGCUCCUCUGCCCGCCGGGUGGCAUGGAGCUUCCCUGUCUACGGGCAGCCCACCUCUAGUGAGAGGGCUCCUCGUGGCCCCUGAGUGGUUCUCUCGAGUCCUCCCUGCCUCCCUCCCGCCGUUCCCGGCCAUGGCUGCUGCUUCGGAGCAGGAAGCACCAACUGCCGCUGCCUGCUGGGCGGCGGUGCGGGCUCUGCUCCCGAGCACGCGGGCCGGGCUGGGGCUGGGAUCGCUGGGGCUGGGGGCGGAGGGGGCCCGCGUGGUGCUGCUGCUGGAUGCGGCGGCCGCCUUGGUGUACCCGGGCGAUGCGGGCGAGGAGUCUCUGGGCUCGGAGAGAGCCCUCCGAGCCUGCCUGGAGCUGGGCGAGCAGGUCUGCGACUACUCUUGGGAGCGGCUGCACGUGGGGCCAUGGCGGGCAGUGAGCGCGGCGUGGCGGCGGGCGUGGGCGCUGGGCUGCCUCUUCCGCGUGCUGAGCCUGUGCCGGGCACGAGGGGCCAGUCGGGAGGCGCUGCGCCUCUGCGACCUGAGCCUACUGCUCGGCACGCCUGUCCUGGACGACGUCAUGGGCAGGCUCGUCGCCGUCCUCCAGCAGCACCUGCCACCCGAGGAGCCAGCAGAGAGAGCCAGCGCCGGAGCACCCCCGAGGAAGAAAAUCCGGACGGACUUCACCCCUGCUAUAGCCCCAGAAACUGCUGUCCCUCAGCUUCUCUGCCCAUCGCUGGAACAUUUCCGGGACAGUUACCUAACCCCUCAAAAGCCAGUGGUCUUGGAGGGGGUUGUGGACCACUGGCCCUGCCUGAGAAAGUGGAGCGUGAGCUACAUCCGCCAGGUGGCCGGCAGCCGCACAGUCCCUGUGGAGCUUGGAUCGCGCUACACAGAUGAGGAGUGGUCCCAGACCCUCAUGACCGUGGAUGACUUCAUCAGACAGUAUAUUGAGAAUGAGGACCACAAGGGAUACCUUGCUCAGCACCAGCUCUUUGACCAGAUCCCAGAGUUGAAGCUGGAUAUUGGCAUCCCUGACUAUUGCUGCCUGGGUGAAGGAGACGAAGAGGACAUCACUGUCAACGCCUGGUUUGGUCCACCAGGGACUGUCUCCCCUCUGCAUCAGGACCCGCAACAGAACUUCUUAGUCCAGGUAAUGGGACGGAAAUAUGUCCGUCUGUAUUCUCCUCAGGAAUCCGACAACCUUUAUCCACAUGAAGGACACCUCCUUCACAACACCAGUCAGGUGGAUGUGGAAGACCCUGACUUGGUGAAAUUCCCCAACUUCAAAGCAGCUGCAUUUCAAGAGUGCAUCUUGAGCCCUGGAGAAGUUCUGUUCAUCCCAGUUAGCUACUGGCACUAUGUGCGGUCCCUGGACACAAGUUUCUCAGUCAGCUUCUGGUGGUCGUAGCGUCUGCUGGGAGCAGGGGAGGGCUCUUCUGCUCAGGGACUUCAGGCAAGAUGAAGGAAGGAACUGCCAGGAAGCGGCAAGGACUGUGACACAUAGUUCAACUGCUGUGGUUGAGGAUCAAGGGCAUCAAAGACAGUGUUUUCUGAAGGGGCUAAAAUAGUGGCUUGUCCCUCUUUGGGUUUUGUUAAAAAGGGCUCUCUUAACUUUUCUCAGAAGACGACAGAAUACAAAUUAAUAUUUAAA